AUGACUACAGUAGCGGUACAUGUGGACUCCAAAGCUGAGCUCACUACCCUGCUGGAGCAGUGGGAAAAGGAACAUGGCAGUGGGCAGGACAUGGUACCCAUUCUUACCAGGAUGUCUGAAUUGAUUGAAAAAGAAACUGAAGAAUAUCGUAAGGGGGAUCCAGACCCAUUUGAUGAUCGACAUCCUGGUCGAGCUGAUCCAGAGUGUAUGCUGGGCCAUUUGCUGAGAAUACUCUUCAAGAAUGAUGAUUUCAUGAAUGCACUGGUGAAUGCAUAUGUGAUGACAAGCCGAGAGCCCCCUUUAAACACUGCAGCUUGCAGACUCCUACUGGACAUCAUGCCCGGGCUGGAAACUGCUGUUGUCUUUCAAGAAAAGGAAGGAAUUGUUGAGAAUCUUUUCAAAUGGGCCCGAGAGGCUGAUCAGCCACUGAGGACAUACUCUACUGGUCUGUUAGGAGGUGCUAUGGAAAAUCAAGACAUUGCUGCCAACUACAGGGAUGAAAAUUCACAGCUGGUGGCAUUAGUGCUUCGAAGAUUGAGGGAGCUACAGCUUCAGGAAGUAACUUCAAGGCAAGAAAGCAAGCGUCCUAGCCCACGAAAGCUCUCCUCUGAACCCCUCUUGCCUCUGGAUGAAGAAGCUGUGGAUAUGGACUAUGGCGACAUGGCUGUAGAUGUAGUGGAUGGCGAACAAGAGGAAGCUUCUGGAGACAUGGAGAUCUCCUUUCAUCUUGAGUCAGGCCACAAGACCAGUAGCAGAGUGAACUCAGCAACCAAACUUGAAGAAGGGGCAUUGAGGAAAAACAAGUCAACAAAACAGGCUGAUAGAGAGAGCUUCAGGAAAGCCAAGCAAAAGUUGGGUUUUUCAUCGUCUGAUCCAGACCGCAUGUUUGUUGAAUUGUCCAAUAGCAGCUGGUCAGAAAUGUCCCCCUGGGUGAUUGGCACCAAUUAUACCCUUUAUCCUAUGACUCCUGCUAUUGAGCAGCGACUUAUUCUCCAGUAUUUGACCCCUUUAGGAGAAUAUCAGGAGUUACUUCCCAUAUUCAUGCAGCUUGGGUCACGGGAGUUGAUGAUGUUCUACAUUGACUUAAAACAGACUAAUGAUGUCCUGCUUACAUUUGAGGCACUCAAGCACCUAGCAUCUCUCCUGCUCCACAAUAAGUUUGCCACAGAAUUUGUUGCACACGGUGGAGUACAGAAAUUACUGGAAAUUCCUCGUCCUUCUAUGGCUGCAACUGGUGUAUCAAUGUGCUUGUAUUACCUGUCCUACAACCAGGAUGCCAUGGAAAGAGUUUGCAUGCAUCCCCACAAUGUUCUGUCUGAUGUGGUGAAUUACACACUGUGGCUAAUGGAAUGUUCACAUGCCUCGGGAUGCUGCCAUGCUACCAUGUUUUUCUCAAUCUGCUUCUCCUUCCGGGCUGUGUUGGAACUCUUUGACCGCUAUGAUGGUCUUCGUCGUUUGGUGAACUUGAUCAGUACUUUGGAGAUUCUAAAUUUGGAAGAUCAGGGUGCACUUCUCAGUGAUGAUGAAAUAUUCGCUAGCCGGCAAACUGGGAAACAUACCUGCAUGGCCUUGCGCAAGUACUUUGAAGCUCAUCUGGCCAUUAAAUUGGAACAAGUGAAGCAGUCUCUUCAGAGGACUGAAGGUGGCAUUCUUGUUCAUCCUCAACCUCCAUACAAGGCGUGUUCAUAUACUCAUGAACAGAUUGUGGAAAUGAUGGAGUUUCUGAUAGAAUAUGGCCCAGCGCAGCUGUAUUGGGAACCAGCAGAAGUCUUCCUCAAGCUGUCUUGUGUCCAGCUCUUGUUGCAGCUUAUUUCUAUUGCUUGCAAUUGGAAGACCUAUUAUGCAAGGAAUGACACUGUGCGCUUUGCUUUGGAUGUCCUGGCUAUUCUCACUGUUGUGCCAAAAAUUCAGCUCCAGUUGGCAGAAUCAGUGGAUGUACUGGAUGAGGCUGGCUCCACCGUCUCCACUGUAGGUAUCAGCAUUAUUUUGGGAGUGGCUGAGGGUGAGUUCUUUAUUCACGAUGCUGAAAUUCAGAAGUCAGCACUUCAGAUUAUCAUCAAUUGUGUGUGUGGCCCGGAUAAUAGAAUUUCUAGUAUUGGCAAGUUUAUCUCUGGAACGCCUCGGAGGAAGCUGCCUCAGACUCCCAAAAGCAGUGAGCACACUCUGGCCAAGAUGUGGAACGUGGUGCAGUCCAACAACGGUAUCAAGGUGCUUCUGUCCUUACUGUCCGUCAAGAUGCCCAUCACAGAUGCAGACCAGAUCCGGGCCCUAGCCUGCAAGGCCCUGGUGGGCCUGUCUCGCAGUAGCACCGUGCGGCAGAUCAUCAGCAAACUGCCCCUUUUCAGCAGCUGCCAAAUCCAGCAGCUGAUGAAAGAGCCUGUGCUGCAGGACAAGCGCAGUGACCACGUCAAGUUCUGCAAGUACGCCGCUGAGCUCAUCGAACGGGUGUCGGGAAAGCCGCUUCUCAUCGGCACCGACGUGUCCCUGGCACGUCUGCAGAAAGCCGACGUGGUUGCCCAGUCACGGAUCUCCUUUCCUGAGAAAGAGCUGCUUCUACUGAUCCGAAACCAUCUCAUUUCUAAAGGGCUUGGGGAGACAGCCACUGUGCUGACUAAAGAGGCCGACCUUCCCAUGACUGCUGCCUCGCAUUCUUCUGCCUUCACCCCGGUCACUGCUGCUGCUUCUCCUGUUUCUCUUCCCCGCACCCCUCGCAUCGCCAAUGGCAUUGCAACUCGACUGGGUAGCCAUGGUGCUGUGGGUACCUCUGCCCCUUCUGCCCCCGCUGCUCAUUCUCAGCCGCGAGUACCCCAGGGUUCACUAGCUCUGCCUGGUCCAUCUCAUGCAGGCAACUCCCCUGUGAUUGGUAGGAUCAGUUUUAUCAGAGAGAGGCCAUCACCCUGCAAUGGCAGGAAAAUCAGAGUGUUGCGGCAGAAGUCGGACCAUGGUGCCUACAGCCAGAGCCCAGCCAUAAAAAAGCAGCUGGACAGACACCUUCCCUCCCCGCCUACGCUGGACAGUAUCAUCACAGAAUAUCUUAGAGAGCAGCAUGCUCGCUGCAAGAACCCAGUUGCCACCUGCCCACCCUUCUCUCUCUUUACUCCUCACCAGUGUCCUGAGCCAAAACAGAGGCGACAAGCGCCAAUAAACUUUACCUCAAGGCUAAACCGCAGGGCAUCAUUCCCAAAGUAUGGAGGGGUAGAUGGCGGGUGCUUUGAUAGGCACCUUAUCUUUAGCAGGUUCCGUCCUAUUUCAGUGUUUCGGGAAGCCAAUGAGGAUGAGAGUGGCCUGACCUGCUGUGCGUUCUCUGCACGAGAGCGCUUCCUGAUGCUGGGCACCUGCACCGGGCAGCUGAAGCUCUACAACGUGUUCAGUGGACAGGAGGAGGCCAGCUAUAACUGUCACAACUCGGCCAUCACACACCUGGAGCCCUCCAGGGAUGGAUCCUUGCUGCUGACAUCGGCUACCUGGAGCCAGCCUCUGUCUGCACUUUGGGGAAUGAAAUCAGUAUUUGAUAUGAAGCAUUCCUUUACAGAAGAUCAUUAUGUUGAGUUCAGUAAGCAUUCUCAGGACCGGGUCAUAGGCACGAAGGGAGACAUUGCCCAUAUUUAUGAUAUUCAGACUGGCAACAAGCUGUUGACUCUGUUUAACCCAGAUCUUGCCAACAACUACAAGAGGAACUGUGCCACCUUUAAUCCUACAGAUGAUCUUGUGUUAAAUGAUGGCGUCCUCUGGGAUGUCCGCUCUGCACAGGCCAUCCACAAGUUUGACAAGUUCAACAUGAACAUCAGUGGCGUCUUCCAUCCGAAUGGGCUGGAGGUCAUCAUUAAUACUGAGAUUUGGGACCUUCGAACCUUCCAUCUUUUACACACGGUUCCUGCGCUCGAUCAGUGUCGCGUGGUGUUCAACCACACGGGGACCGUGAUGUAUGGAGCUAUGUUGCAGGCAGAUGAUGAAGAUGACCUAUUGGAAGAGAGGAUGAAAAGCCCUUUUGGAUCAUCCUUCCGAACAUUUAAUGCAACUGACUACAAACCUAUAGCGACAAUUGAUGUGAAACGGAACAUUUUUGACCUGUGUACAGACACCAAAGACUGCUAUCUUGCUGUCAUUGAGAACCAAGGCAGUAUGGAUGCUCUGAACAUGGACACCGUGUGCAGGCUGUAUGAAGUGGGCAGGCAGCGUCUGGCAGAGGAUGAAGACGAAGAGGAGGACCAGGAAGAGGAAGAGCAGGAGGAAGAAGACGACGACGAGGACGACGACGACACUGACGACCUGGAUGAGCUGGACACGGACCAGCUGCUGGAGGCCGAGCUCGAGGAGGACGACAACAACGAGAACGCGGGGGAGGACGGCGACAACGACUUCUCGCCCUCUGACGAGGAGCUGGCCAACCUCCUGGAGGAGGGGGAGGACGCGGAGGACGAAGACUCCGAUGCAGACGAGGAAGUGGAACUGAUCCUGGGGGACACCGACAGCUCUGACAACUCUGAUUUGGAAGAUGACAUCAUCUUAUCUCUAAAUGAGUGA